GAGGCCGAAACCACAAACAACGGGGGUGCCGAAGGUGUGUUGCUGCCUUGCCUUUGCGAUCUAUAAGUAUCCAGCAAUUCGGCCGGUUCAUCCUCCUUGACCCUCCCAGCUCACCCUUCACAUUCAAUGUCAGAUACCCAUCAGGUUUCGCUUCGCCAUCCUCUUGAGACCAUCAACAUUUGCUCAAUCAACAAUCAAUCAGUAUGAGGUUCACGAUCCUUGCUGCCGCACUCUUCUCCGUCGGUGCCCUCGCCUCGACCCCGGACCCCAUGGAAGGCUUCAACAUCCAGAUCAUGCAAUGGCACGUCCAAGUCUUCCCGGGCGGGCCGACCAUCGUGCUCAACGGCACCGCCGAGGAGGUGCACAAGCAGCUGCUCAAGCAGAACCCGCACUGGGACAUCGACUUGGCCCGCCACGCCGUCUCCGCCCCCUCUGCUGCCUGGGAUGCCGGCGCUAAUAGCGGUGCCGGCGCCGGUGACGGCGAGAGCGAUGAUAGCGGAGCAGGCAACCACACGACGCCGACGCCGACGCCGACGUCAAGGACGAGGCACAAGAGGGCGGCUACCGCCGCUGCUGCUGCCGCUGCUGCCGCCCCCGCUCCUGCAGGCGCCGUGGUCGAGAAGCGCGCCACCUUCGAACAGGGCCACUACUUCUGCGGCGGGCGCUGGGAGUAUGCGUCCUUCUACCAGCUGAUGCUCGGCGUCCAGUACCUGCGGCGUAUCGGCGGCCCCGUGCAUCUCAACCCGGGCCCGAGCAACUGCGCGCGCGUGAGCUGCGCGUACGACGCUGCUAUUUGGGUGUGCAACGACAACCCCACUGACUGGGUCGUCGGCUCGUUCGGCGAGAUCGCCGAUGGAGCGGACAUUCUCCUGAACAACUGCGGCCAAGCUGGAAACGGCGGACAGGGUGCGGUCGCCGCCGGGCAGAUCUUCCAUCCCGACAACUGGAAUGUGAUUAUGCGCGCCGAUAGCUGCUAGACGUCUCGGGAGGUGGCCAACGAAGUUUGGCUGGGGGUGGUAGAGGAAGGGGCGGAACAGGGAAAGGCAGGAGCUGAGCGUGGGAGAAAGCGUUUUCGAU